UGUGUGUUACAGACAGAAUAAAAGAUCCCUACUGCUGUGUAGACGAGAAUCUGGUCAGUAAACGAAGCCUGAUUGAAAUAUACUUUUUAUCACAAUGCUUUCUCUGUCUGCUUCCGAACAAGUUCGCUUUCGAAAUAAGAAAGGCAACGUUGUUACGGCCUUGCCUGUGACGGUAGAAUUUGGAAAAAUUGUUAAAGGCGACAGAAACACGCGAAAUUCCAGUUUCGGUGAAUGGAAGAAGAUCAUGAGUAGCACACUUGGAAGCGAGCAGGUGGUUUCCCCAACAGACCUUCUUCACGCUGUAGUAGCAUUGUACAACACCUGUUUACCAAGAUUUUCUCCACAGUCUGUAUACAACACUAUUUGUGGAGAGGGAUCAAGAACUUUGCUUUUGUUAAGAAACUCAUCAGAAAUCCUUCAAGAGUGGGAGAGCCAGAUGAAUAGCCCUCAGAAACGUCGUAGUGGUCAGCGGUCAUCUCUUCUUGGUGAAAUAAACAACAACCCCUGGGGUCAGUACCACAAAAAGGAACAAGAAAACAUCAAGAGAAACGUGCCUUCAUGGAGCCAGUACUCGAGAGAUAUCAGUUGUACCUCCAGUACCGAAACAUUGCCGAGUGAACAAGUUAAAGAUACAGCUGACUCCCCUCAACACUUUAAUCUGCUCAAUCAACAGAACAAAAAUUGUAUGGAUACGUUGAAUGAGCUACACAGAGAACAAACCAACAACGAACAGAUUUUGAAUGAACAACCCAAAGAAACACUCAUCCCUACCAAAGAUGGUAACUUAGUAAUCCAAAAAGAUAACGAAACGUUGAACUCUGAAAAUAAUGGUUUCGUUUCACGUGAGAAAGGCGAUGACCACACUAUUCAGUCAUUAAUAAAAGAAGACGUAACACCUGAUGUAGAUCGUCAAGGUGUUGACGUAUCUGUCCCACAAAAUAUAUCGUCCCUGAACUGCAACCAUGAUAACCAAUCUAUGUCGACCGUGAACGACAGCGCUGACAGUUUCACAGAAGAAAGUUCACAUGAAGAAUGGUUACCCUGGGUUCCCAGAAGGCUAGAUGAAGAGAAUAGGAUGGAGAAGAAAGGAUCACAAGGUAGCUCUAGAAAUAGUUGGAUACAUUCACCAACGUUGUGUGACAACAUCAAAUCUGACUUGGAAACACCUACGGAAUCACCAUUCUCUGAUAUAUUUAGCGAUUCUGGAGAGGGUUCUUCAUCUGACAGUAAUAUGGAAGAAGAAGACGACGGCGACGAUAUUUCUCGUGGACUAGAAACGUUUCUGAAAGCAGUAGCAGCCAGACGAAGGGACAGAAGAAUUUCCUUAGAGAUGGGAUUUCUAAAACCAACACACGUUGGAAUAGAACAUAAGCUUAUUGCAAGUGCCACCUUCCAGAAAAACUACAGGAUCCCUGGUGCCAAAAUUGUCUACUUAUCAUUCCUGGCAGUACGAAAAAAGUUUAGAAAACGAGAUCUUGGGAGUUUACUUUUAAAGAAGUUAAAAUCCCCUUCUUUAGUGGGGCCCUAUGACGCUUUGGUCGUUAGAAGUGAAAACUCGAGUUUCCAGUUUUUCCGAAAAAAUGGAUUUACUGAUGACGUCAUCUUGAAUAGCAAGUUUAGAGAUGUUGACGAAGGUUGGGAAACGUCUAUAUUGAUGAGUUAUCUUCCUCCGUUUGAUGGUCAUUACCCACCGUUCCCUGGAACAAAAGAAUGGAACAGACCAGAAGCCGUGAUAGCAAUGGAAGAAGAGAUGGAGACGUGGCGACAGAAAAGUCUUGAAGCUUACCAAGCACAGGUCACGUGCUUAACAAGACUUCAACAGGAAGUGUUAAGGCUUCACAACCUGCUCCGAAAGCAGGAAGCUGCGAUUCAGUUUCUUAAAAAGGAAAAUCACAAACUUCAAAGUAAACUUCACAAAGUGGAGAGAAAGUCUACACGAGCCCUGGUGGAGAGUCUUGAAAAAGAAGCUGCAGACUUUGAAAAACUUUGUUCGUUCCAACUUCGACAGAAGAGCAACAGUUAAAAGUUUAAUCUGAAAAACAUUUUGUGUUCAUUAAUAUCGUUCCAACUUUCAGCAGAUGCACCUUUGUAUUCAGUAAUUUUGUUUUAAAGUUUUAGCUGAAAAACAUUUUGUGUUCAGUAUUGUUGUUUCAAUUUUCAGCAGAUGCACAUUUGUAUUCAGUAAUUUUGUUUUAAAGUUUGAGCUGAAAAACAUUUUGUGUUCAAUAAUAUCGUUCCAACUUUCAGGAGAUGCACAUUUGUAUUCAGUAAUUUUGUUUUAAAGUUUUAACUGACACAUUUUUGUAUUCAGUAACUUGGUUUAUUGCUGUAGCAAUUAAACGAAACAUGGUCUGUCAACACUUGUGUACAAAGUGAUUUGGCAGUUAAAAAUUUUAAUUGAAACAUGUUCUAUUUUAGGUAACUAUAUCUUUUUAUUCUUCUACUUAGCUGACGCACCGAAAUGAGAUUAGUUUAUAUUCAGUACCGCUUUUAUGGACUAAAAAAUCAACGAUUACGCCAAAUUUAAAACUCGAUAAAAAUUAUGUUUUACUCUAGAUAUUGUUUUAUUACAUUCUUCUAAAUGUUUUGUUAUGGAUUUCAAAUCAGAAGUGCAUAAACAAUAUUUGCAGUCAGACGUGAAGCCCUUCUGAUAGGCCUAGUAAAACUUUUAUGCUUCUCCAGCUUAAGUGCUUUACACCAUAUCAUUAAUAGGAAGCGUGUUUAUUUUAAUCCAGCAAGAACAUUUCAUGUACAUUGUUAAUUAUAACAAAAACUUAUUAUUGAUCAGUAGAGUUUCGAGAACAAGAGAAUCACAGUGAAGGACAUGCGCAGAGCGAUAAAUCUUACAUGUACGUUGAUCUUGCUGUUUUUCUAUAAUUAUGAGCUGUUGAAGAUCUAGCAGUCUACCCAUUGUUACGUUUUAAAACCAACAACAAGAUGACUGUCGGUUGAAGAAAUAAAGAUCAACGGAGGUGUGAGAUGUUACACCUUUAACUGUGAUUUGUCCACCCAACAGUUUAAACCUGUGCAGAACAGUAACUGCUUUAAUUAUUAACAACGUAGAACAGUGAAAAGUUACAGCUGUUCAACAGUUACUUUAGUUGCUGUGUUUAAAUCAGUAACAAAACUUACUUAACCGAUUACUGAGUACUUUUUUCUGAUUUACUUAAAGAUCAAUUUGUUAAAACAUAUAACUGGGGAAUGUUCCUUUUCAGGAAAUUAGCAAGUGUACUUCAGAAACAAAUGUUAAAAUGUUUAGACAGAAAUUUUGUGUUAAUUUGACUGCUGUGUGUAGAUUGGCACUUUGGUUACUUGUGUUACUACAUGAAAAACAAAACUUUUUAUAUACUGUUAAUGUUCUUCAAUAGUUCUAUUUAUUUACCGAGUACAAAAAUAAUUAAACUUUGUAUUCUCAUAGAACUUCUACUUCAUGUAUUAUGAUCUUAGAGUCUUGUCGAACUUUUCUUAGUCUCUAACUCGGUGAAGUGAUUUAUAAACUUAAUGUGAUGUUUAUAUAAGUACUGUUUUUUUUCCUUUACAUUUGAAACGCUGUACAAUUAACUUAUUGUUAGUCAUUUCUUAUUUUUAAUCUUACAAUUGAGAAUUAAAACUAAGCAUUGCCAUCACUUGCUACGUUUAUGAGCUAGGUAUAUUAUUGAGUUUUUAAAACUCUUAAGUGAAAAUAAUACUUUAAUAUUAAUCGUUCUGUUUUACGUGAAAUGCCUAGGCCAGGACACGGUGGUCCAACAUAUUGCAUGAAUUGGGUGAGACUAUAAAACAUGGGUUCUCAACCAAUUGGGUGCGACAUCAAACUUACUGAAUGGUGAGCGGCAGCGUUCAGAUAAGAUGGUAAUUAAGUGUAUUAUUUUUUAUGUUUACUUGUAAAUUUUAUAAAAUCUGAAAUAGAUACAGUCCUACAAUCUUAAAGGAUGUGUGCCUGUAUAAUGUGUUCAUCAUUUAUGUCACUUGAUUAGGUUUCAAAGCCUGAUUAGUACGUUUAAUGAGAAGUGAGAGUAGACUGUAAUUGUUCAUGUCAUCUUAUAAUACAUUCAUUAAUAACAUGAUUUUGUUGCUGAUCCCCUUUGCUCUGCCAAGUGGUUCAUUCAACCAGAGUUAAGACACGGUGGAUCAUUUAUACUUUUCUUUAAAUACAGCAAUGAAAAUACCAAUUACUGACACAACCACUCAAAAAAAAAUAAACAAUGACGUAGUAAAAUACCCAACAUAACUGUUUGUCAUUUCCACCUGAGAGAUACCAGUUGCUAUUUAGAGGUUACUGCAAGUGGGGGGUGCAAAUAAAUCUUAUCCCUGUGCCCCGGUCAUUAGCUGUAUCUUAUUUUUUCGAGACCCACAUGGAAGCAAUUUUUUUGCUCAGAUCUUAGUUAUUGAUACUUGGACAGUAUGUGGCAAAAAACUUAAACCACUUCAGAGCCAAAUACUAUUAACAAGUGCGGAACUGAUUAAGAUAUUUGAGUUCUGUGCUUUGCUUACCAAGACAGACUUUGUCUUACAAGAAUGGUGGUUUUGUAUUUAUAACUGUUUAUGUAAUUUAUAAAUUGUAGACCUAAAUUUAAUAUGUAAUUUGGUUUUUAUCUACUUUUCACCAAGUUUACCUUAAGAAACCUACCUUACAUUAUCUAUUUACAUUCAUUGACAAUUAUGAUUCAGUAUCAGCAUAUCAAUUGCUAAGGUUCUGAAAAGUUAUUGAAUGUUUGAACUUAAUUAUUAGAAUGAGCCAAAUGUUUUUGUGAGACGAAGAAAGAGAAACGCUUGAAGCGAGUAAAAUGUUUAUAUGUGCUUUUCUCUGUUAUUAAACUUUUAUUUUAUUUCGCUAUA